CCUUAUUACAUUUCCACAAGAUUCCAUCACCACAAACCAGUGCAGUGUCUCUGAGGGAAGGAUCGUAGCUCUUAGGCUACAUACGUACAGAAGAAGAAGACGUCUCGAGCGAGAGGAGAGAAUUUUAAUUAUUUCUUCUGCUGACAGACGACGACGAAUAAAAAGAACAGCGAGGACAAUAUUGGAGAAAGUGUUUGGUUGGUGAAAGGACGUGGGGUGCGUCGAGACGUUCUUGUUGUGGUCGCGGAGCGGGUGUGAGUGAGAGGAAGGCUCACUUAAAAAAAUCAUUAAUUUUGGGGGACUGAUUAAAGUCGCUCUUGCGUUUUUGUGUGUUUAUUGUGUUAAUUGUUCCCACGUGAUCAGUCACCACCGUCAAGAUGUAUAAUUUACUCUCUGGGUUGAAGGACUACUUCAAGCGACAGGAGAUUAUUAUUGACAAUCCGAUUUUUCGGAUUCAUUGUACCUUCACCACCGUUUUGCUAAUUACAUUUUCAAUGAUCAUCACAUGGACACAAUUUGUUGGACAGCCGAUUCGAUGCAUUGUGGAAGGAGUACCGACUCAUGUGGUCAACACAUAUUGCUGGAUUAUGACCACGUUCACCAUGCCAGAUGCUUUCCAACGACCAUUACACAGCGUUGCUCAUCCUGGUGUGGCCCAAAACUUUGAAGAUGACGAGGGGAAGCAGAAGCACUACACAUAUUAUCAGUGGGUGUGUUUCGUCCUGUUUUUCCAAGCGUUACUCUGUUAUUUUCCAAAGUGGUUGUGGGAAACUUGGGAACAUCAAUUAAUGAGCACGAUCGUGUGUGGACUCAACAUUGGUCUCCGUUCUGAAGAUGAGAAAACUCAAAAGAAAUCCAUCUUGAUCGAUUAUCUAAUCCGUCAUUUGAAUCAACACAACAUGUAUGCCUUCCGGUACUGGUUUUGUGAAGUUUUGUGCUUUGUUAAUGUCAUUUUCCAAAUGUUCGUAAUGGAUUGGUUCUUCAAAGGAGAUUUCAUGUCGUAUGGGUUAAAUGUUCUCACAUUUGACGAUAUUGACCAGGAUCAACGAUAUGACCACAUGGUGUUCGUGUUUCCACGUGUGACAAAGUGUACCUUCAGAAAGUACGGUCCUUCUGCAACAAUAGAGAAACAUGAUGCCAUCUGUAUUUUGCCGCUUAAUAUUGUCAAUGAGAAGACUUACAUAUUCCUUUGGUUCUGGUUCAUAAUUCUUGCCAUCCUGUGUGCCAUCGUCCUUGUGUUCCGAUUCAUCAUGAUCAUUACUCCGUCACUUCGUCCAAAGCUGAUGCACGCACGUAAUCGAAUGGUACCACAAGAGGCAGUUGAGUCAGUUUCACGCAAAGUGAGCAUCGGAGAUUGGUGGGUCUUGUACAUGUUGGGCCGCAACAUUGAUCCUCAAAUCUAUCGCGACGUGAUUGUCGAAUUUUCAAAAAAGAAUGAGACAGCGCACUCCAACAACCCUAAAAUACAUUAACGGAUUGUAGCUUUAGUUCAGUGGUUAUCAUCAUCAUCACUGGAACUGAUACUCGCUCGUACAUGGAUACAUGGAAAGAAACAUCGAGUUUGCAUUUCAAGUAGAGUUUGCAUUUUUUUGCAUCUGAGUUGAUGAUGUUUUGUUUUUUGUUAUAUCGUUUGUUGUUAGUAGUAGAUUUCUCUCGUGUGUUUAUGUUAAAAUUGGUUUAAUCUUAUGCCUCGUAGCGCGUACACCACCACCACUAUUAUUACUGCAUUGUUUAAAGAGUUGUUCAUGUUAGUUUAUUUUGUUAUCUUCUAAUUUGUUUGGAAAUUUCAAUCGCAAGUUCCAGCAUAGUGUUCCAGCAAAGGAGUUGUCUGGUCUCCAAUGUUCAUAAACAUAAGUUCUAGUUUAGUUUACUUAUUUAAGGUGUGAUGGUUUUCCUUGCGUAAUAUUUAUACUCGAUAAGUUGUAUUUGAUACAUAUUCAUUAUCUGCAUUGUUAGUACAUAAUAAUGAAGUCUGCAUUUAUGCUGCCACUAAACUGUCAAAUAUAUUAUGUAUACAUAUAUGUAUAUAUCAGUCUACUUUACAGAUUCGAGGUUAAACUGUGUUAAUACGUUUUGUUAUUAUUCGUUACAAAAAAAUGGACUAAUAGUUAAGUUUAAUGAUACCGAAAAUGCAAUAUAUUUAUAAAUAAUAUCAGCGAAUGAAAUUGUGACUUAUUACUCGAAAGAUGAUAAUUUUACGUACAUAAGUUUUAAAGGAACAUUUUACUAAGGAGAGCAAGCAUGUUGCAGACGAAUCUGUCUUCCCAUAAAAAUAUCGAUAUUUUGGGAGUGAAUUUCAUUACCAAGAAAUCUAACUUAAUCAACAUCUACAUAUUUGUGUAUGCAGCUGAUAGUUUUUGUAAAAAGAUGUACUAAUCAGUAGGAUGUUAUAUAUUUAAUAUACAAUCUGAAAACCAUUAAAGCUAUUUUAAGAAAAAAAAA